GGAUCUUGUUGUUGUUCUGGACGGGGGGUUUGUAUUUCUCGUCGUCGUCCUCAUCCUCGUCGAUUUCCUCCUCCUCGUCCUCCUCCUCUUCUGCCUCUGGUGACUCGUCUCCAUCGUCCUCCGCAUCGCCAUCGCCCUCGCCCUCGCCCUCGCUCUUUGCUGCUUUUGACUUGGUGGGUUUUGUCGUGGUGGCGGUCCCGUUGAUCUGCGCAAUGUUCUCCGAGGCGUGGGGAUACUUCUCCAGCAGCUCCCGCUCGUUCUUCUCGAGGACCGUCGCUGUCAGGUUACGGCAGCCAUGAUGCGUCGCAAGACUCGCUGCGAAGCUGAGGUCGCCCUCGCCGAUCAGCAGGAUGGCGUCUUCCUUGGAGAAGGGGAUCACGGGCUGCUGGUUCUGGUGGUACUGCUUUUGCACCUUCUUCUUCUUGGCGUCGCUCUCGAUGGCGUGUGCGCUCUGCGAGUUCUUCUUCUUGUUGUUGUUCUUGCCGUUCUUGUUAUUCUGCGGCGCACCGCCGCCAGUCUUCUUCUUCACGGUGUCCACGAAGUGGCUCUUGUGGUUGAUCGCCCCGAGCUUGCGCUUCUUGGCCAUGGCGGGCGACUGUAGUUAGGAUGCUGGUGGCUCGGCGAGGGGUGGGGGGGGUAUGCGGCGCAAUAGGUAGGUAUCGGGUCGCGGUCCGGGCCGUUUCGUGGUGGUCAGGUUAGAUUUUGAGGUGACGUCCGGCGUACGGCGUGUAUCGCGGUGCAAAGUGGGAUGCGGUGGUCGGCGGUGGUGCU